AUGACGCUGACCGCCAUGGCCGAGCUCGGCCUCGCCGCCUUCCUCAUUAGCGCGGGCAGUGACAUGUAUACCUGGGCCAGCCCCGGAUACUACUCUCUCCUCGUCCUCAUGUGCUUCGAGGCAGCGUGGACGGUGCUCUUCGCAGGCGCAUACGUACUCUGGGUUCUUGACGGCGCGGUGCACCUCCUCGCGAGCGUCGCCAGCUCCGUCAUCUGGCUCCUGCUCACCUCUGUCCUCUGGGGUGCCGGCGCCGGACUCAUGCAUGGCUCCCGCGUGAGCGCACGCUGUCCCGAGUACGCGCCCCUCUCGCGG